AUGUGCUUGGUUGUUCGCCCAAACAACUUCUUGGGAAGUUAUUCCCCUCCUCGGAGCCGACCUCCUAUGACCGUGGCUUCGGCUGGUGACUAUACUCUUGCACAGCUCACUCGGGUGCCUAAUCAUCCUACCCUGGUAGCUUCCUUUGAGUCGCGUCUCCAGGCGGGGGAGAAAGUGAACGAGAUGUGGGUAACUGGAUAUACUUGGGUCUGCAUGGACUCAGGCUGUGCCAUGUUGAUGGGACUUGUGAGUGAAGGGGAUGCGAGCGUAGGCAUCACAAGUGGCGCAAGGCGUGCAGAAUGCUGUGAUGGCGUAGUGACGGUACUAGUUCCCAGAAGUAACAAUGCGGCCUCGGGAUCAACCAGGAAUCUUCUGUGUAACCAACUCAAUCAAAGCCUUCCGUUCAUGUUUCAGCGUACUUCAUCCUCAUCAGUCUCGAUGUCUUUACACUUUGGCUCGGGAUGCUUUGCAGUUAACAUGUUUCCGAAAAGUACACCCCCCUCUUCCUACAUUGACUCGCUGACACUAUGA